UACAUACAUUAAAUAUGUAUAUACUUUAUUUACGAACGUCGGCGGCAUGACCUCAUGACAAGCACGUUGAUUUGUUUUUUUUUUUAUUUUGCGUUUCUCGAUAAGUUUUUUACUACCGUAGUGCCUAUGCGGUGUUUCCCUCUGGUCCGGUCUUCAUUUUAAAGUCAUCUGUCGGUCGCAGCAUAAUACUCUAAAUUAUCAUAUUGUCUAAAGUUUCCGCCGUUGUCUAAGACACGCUCGCGUCGUCAAUAAUAAAAAUAUUAUUUACUGCCAUUGUCGUCAUCGUCAUUAUUAUUAUUAUUAUCAUUAUUAUUGUUAUUACUAUUGUAUCGUCGUGUAGUAGUAUUAGUAGCAAUAGCAGUAGCAGUCAGCCGUGUAGAAUCGAAGUCAAACAGUAGCCAAGUACAUUUGCGGAACAUACUCCUGUGCUAUCUGCGAUUACUUAUGUAGAGGUAACAAUAGAUUGUUAUCAAUUUAAACGUGACGCGAAGAGAUUUCGAAGCGAUGAUUUUUCCGCUUGUCCCAGUGAUCUAAAGUACCCCAAAAAUGGAUAAGAACGUCGUGUCCGAGGACGACAUCAGUUCGUUGAUUGGACAUUUCGCAAAAGAGACGUUCAAAUGCACCAACAGCGAUUCGUUUGGUUUUGAUGUUAUGGAAAAAUGUUUAAAUCUAUUACGACUGGAUUACAAAUUUAUGAUAAUUGAUAAUAGCAAAGGACGUAUAAAUGAGCAAUAUCCACAUAAAAUACCAAUUUUACAACAUGAAAGGUUUCCAAGAGGUCCAAGAACUUCAUCUAGUUCUGUUGAUGACAUUUCACCAAAAGGAAAUUGUAAUCGAAAAAGGAACAGUUUAGGUGCACCUUCACCUAGUAAUCAUUCAUCUCCAGAACCUUAUGUGCGAUCUCAAUCACCAAGGCUUAAUAGCCCCAAAAAAACUAGUGAAGCAGUUGGUACUGAUGUAGUAUUAAUUGAUACUUUGAUAAAUGAAGCCAAAUUUGCACGUUGUCGUAAUCGUUUUGUUGUACCUGUCAUAUUAUAUCAAGGAAAAUAUAUUUGCCGGUCUUCAACAAUAGCAAGAAUGACAGAAAUAGGUCUUGGGACUGCAACAGCAAAAGGUUUAUCUUUUGAAGAAUUCAGACAACUUGAUAAAAAGAGAAAAUGCGAUGUUGAAUUACUUAAUGCUUGGAAAGUUGGCACUAUUAUUGAUUUAAUGGUUGAAAACGAAAAGCAAAAAUAUUUAUUUGCUGUCACAUCUUCAGAAAAAGUAGAUGAUACUCAAAAAUAUGCCGUGUUCCGUAUUAUACCUACACCAUAUCCAGGAUGUGAAUUUUUCCACGAUUUCAAAAAAAACAAUUAUAAUUCUGAAGGAUUAAUGUUUGAUUGGUCUGAUCCGUCUAUUGACUCAACGCUUAAUGUGAAACCUAAUCCUGCUGUUGAUCAGUUGGAUAUCCAAUGGAGUAAAUACAAGGAGUGGGACUUGCGGCAACUGACAGAAAAUUACUUAAGUUUGAUGUUAAAAUAUGUUUGGUGUUCAUCUAAAGGUAUUUUAAUCCAUUGCAUCAGUGGUUGGGAUCGUACACCUAUGUUUAUAUCACUAUUGAGAAUGUCCUUAUGGGCUGAUGGUGUUAUCCAUAAAUCAUUAUCUCCUAGCCAAAUUCUUUAUUUGACACUUGGGUAUGACUGGUAUUUAUUCGGACAUAACCUUGAAAAUCGUCUUGAAAAAGGAGAAGAUAUAAUGCAUUUUUGUUUUCAUUUCCUCAAAUAUAUUUUUAGUGAUGAUUUUAAAACUCCUAGUAUGCCUUCUGCUGUUACUGCACCAAGUAGUCCUAAAUACUCUUCACACAUGAGUGAAUUUGACUUAACUGAUUUGGAUCAAUUAGAUAUUCGUUCACGAAAUAAUAGUAAUGGCAGUAAUGAAGAUUUAACUAAUGGUAAAUCUUAUGAUACUUUGGAAGAUAAUUAUUCACAAUUUGAUUUUGAACCAACUCCUAAACUAAAAUCAAUAAAAAAACCAGCAGAGAAGUUUUUCAUAACAGAAACCAUUUAUGAAAUGGAAGACAUUGAAGACAUUGAUGAUGAUGAUUUUAUCAUGUCUGAUGAAGUAGAAACAAAACGGUAUAAAUGUUCAUCUCCUCGCAGGCGGCAUCGUUCAGUUAGGUCUCCAGAGUUAGAUUUUGAUUUUGACGACUGCGAAAUUCCAUCCAAUUUAGAUAGAACUAUGCCGGUUGACAUGCCUACUUCACAUAAGAUAAGAACCUAUUCAAAUUCAAGCGAGACUGAUGAAUGGUCAAUGGUAACUCAAACCGGUAGCCUGAAUGGUAAUGAUUUGUCUGAGAAUAGAUUUCGACCGAUUUCAUCACGAGAAAACAGAUUAUCUGCUGUCAGAGAAUUGUUUCAUAAAUGUUACAGUACAUAUGGUUACAAAACAGAUGGUCCAGAAGAAACAAUAAAAAAAAUAUGAGCUAAUAGUUAUUUAUACUAACAAUUAGAUGAGAAGAGUCACCCAAUGGUAACAAUAUCUUUACUGGUUUUAUAAAAUGAAAAUAAAAAUUGUUGUGAUAAACAAGACAUUUGACAAACAGCCAACAGAAUAAAUUAUCAACUAUAGCUAGGCAUUUUAGCUUUAAUUAAUACUUACAUUUAUCGAUAAUUAUCAAACAUUCAACUAAGCAGCUAAUGUA